UUCAAUAAAAGCCGAUGGUCUCUGGCACAAAUGAACAGUCAAAAUGAAGUUGACAAUUGCAUUGUUGUUCGCCUUAGCAGCUGUGGCUUUCGCCGGCACCAGCGUAGAUUUCUCAUCUGACAAGGGUUGGAUGGUGCCUCAAAUCGAUGGCACCUUCAAAUGGAUGAGUCGGGAACAGUAUGAGACGGAGAUGUCCUCUAUUGAACCCCGUGCCAUAACAGUAAAGUUCUAUUUGUACACCAAGUCCAACCCUUCAUCGCCCCAACUGAUUAAUGUGAACGAUGCCAAUGCCCUGAGUAAAUCCUAUUUCAACAAGAACAAUCCCACCCGUUUCGUGAUCCAUGGCUGGCAAAACAACUAUCAAUCGGACGUGAAUAUUGAUGUUCGUUCAGCUUUGUUGGCUACUGGCUCCUACAAUGUGUUCUGUGUUGACUGGAGCUCUGCUGCCGAAACCCUUAACUACGCCAGUGCCCGCUACGAUGUGCCCACCGUUGGCCAGAUGGUUGCCAAUUUCAUAGAUUUUCUCAACUCGAGCGGAGGCAUGUCAUUCACCACUCUCAACCUUAUUGGUCACAGCUUGGGUGCUCAUGUAUCGGGUUAUGCAGGAAAAUUGGUCAAGAGGGGUCGUGUUCACACUAUCUAUGGUUUGGAUCCUGCUCUGCCUCUCUUCAGUUACUCGGAUUGCGCCAAGCGCCUGUGCACCAGUGAUGCCAACUAUGUCGAAUCGAUCCAGACCAAUGGCGGCAACUUGGGCUUCUUGGAACCCAUUGGUAAGGGUGCCUUCUACCCCAAUGGCGGAAAAACUCAACCUGGUUGCGGCAUUGACCUCACUGGUAGUUGCUCCCACGGCCGUGCCUAUAUUUACUAUUCCGAAGCUGUACGUAAGAACGACUUCCCUUGCAUGAAGUGUGGCACUUACAACUCCGCCGUUAACAAGGAUUGUGGUGCAACUUAUAGCUCCGUUCGCAUGGGAUCCCCUUCGAAUUAUGGAACUAGUGGUUAUUUCUAUGUACCUGUCAAAAGCAGUGCUCCUUAUGGUAUGGGUUCAUAAGAAGUUAUUAUAAAAUAAAGUCAAAUGCCAGUUUACAGUUUUAAA